CGAUGCCGCGGCCGGACACGUGGCACAGCUGUGGGCGGCUAGGAAUACUUGUUGCGGUGCAACCGUGGUAGUGGAACUGAUAAAUAAGACCACUCGCGUUCCCGAAAUGAUUUCGAUGGAUUUGAAUAGUGUUCCACAAAUACCGUUACCGAAAUAUUACGAAAUUAUAUUACGUAUUCUUACUUUUCGCGGUGCUCGAGCAACGAAUCGAAUUCUUUUAAAUCGAUCACAAAACUGCGCUAUUACUACACGGAGAAUACCUCGUAUACAGAGACAGCCGAUUAAAUUAAAUGGUUUUCAACCCGCAAAGACCGAUGAAUAUUAUUAUGUAACGCAAAUCGGUCAAUAUUUCAAUAGUUCUCAAAUGAUUCGGAUUUGCAAAACUUGUCUCUAAUGUCUUUUACCCAGUCGAACGUCGAAAUGGAACUGAUCGAAAAUAAAUUGAAAUCUCCAAAAUCGGUAUGGUUUAUUGUAGGCGAUGAACUGUGUGAAAGGUUCAACUAUUAUGGACUCAGAACUAUUUUAGUGUUGUACCUUAAAACCGUAUUAAAUUAUUCGGACGAUUAUUCAACUAUGAUCUAUCAUGGCUUUAUAUUUUUAUCGUACUUCAUGCCGAUAUUUGGUGCUGUAUUAGCUGAUUCCUACUGGGGAAAAUACAAGACUAUUAUGCGACUGUCAAUAGUUUAUGUAAUUGGUAAUUUUAUACUUACCGCAGCUUCGAUGGCCUACAAUUUUACCCUCGAUAGUCAGAGACUUAUUGCUAUUGUCGGUUUGGUGUUGAUUGCAAUAGGAACAGGCGGUAUAAAACCUUGCGUCUGUUCGUUCGGUGGAGAUCAAUUUCAAUUGCCCGAGCAACAAACUGAACUUACUAAAUUCUUCAACAGAUUCGUGACGUCCGUGUACAUUGGCUCGUUAAUUUCGACAUUCAUCUCUCCCGAGCUAAGGAACAGCACUCAGUGUUUCGGCAGAGAUACGUGCUUUCCAUUAGCAUUUGGCGUUCUAUCUUUACUGAUGACCAUAGCAAUAGCUGUGUUUUUUUUUGGAAAACAUUUAUACGUGAAAAGAAAACCAGAGAAUCAUGUAAUCUUCAAAACUAUCGGGUGCGUGUUUUAUUCUCUUCGAAAAAAAUGUACUCGUUCGUCUACCGAUAAAGCUCAUUGGCUAGACCACUCCAGUAAUAAAUAUUCUGAGAUCGAAGUUACUGACACUAAAGCAGCAAUGGAAGUUCUGUACACGUACAUUGCUUAUCCAGUAUUUUGGGCACUGUAUGAGCAACAAGGUUCGCGGUGGACGCUACAAGCGAUGUUAAUGGACGGUAAAAUAGAUAGUAUCGAUUGGGAGAUCAAACCUGAUCAAAUGCAGACCAUUCACCCGCUUUGCGCUCUUUUAUUGAUAUUUUCUUUUAAUUCAAUUUUAUUCCCAUUUUUGGCAAAAUUUGGUAUACGAAGACCACUGCAAAAGCUCAUAUUUAGUUAUUCAAUGGCGGUCGUGGCCUUUCUGCUCGCUGCUAUUGUUCAAUAUAAGAUUUUCGGCGAAAGCACUGUCAUACCGUCUGAUGAAAGUCAACUGAAUAUAUAUAAUGGUUUCGAUUGUGACGUUCAUGUAAAAUCAUCACUGCCGGACAACCGAACUAUUGGGCCAUUGGACUUUGUCAAUUUCAAGUACAUGCCAGUUUGGGAAGAAAACAUCAUGAAUAUUACACUGAAAUUCGAUAAUUCUUGUAGAUCAUAUACCAAUUAUGACAAACUGGAAGCUUCAGUGAUUGUCUCCAAAGGAAGGUCCAUCUCAUACUUCUUAACACCUACUGUAAACAAAGAAGCCAUAUUACACCGUGUCGAUCGUUACGAUUAUUUAUCAAAGCCUAAAAACGGACACCCCAGCCUUAGAGUUAUAAUUAGUGAUGAUGUAAAGAUAAAUGAAUCUCUUUCUCUUGAAAUCACUGGAAAAAAAUCUGAAAUACCCUAUAAUAUCUCUUCAUUUACAAAUGGAAAUAUUAAACACAUAGCUAUUGGGAGUUAUAAUUUAACUCGUGGCAAAGAAGUGAUAUCCUCGAACAUAGUGCUUAUGCCUGCAACAAUAUAUACACUUGUUAUACGUAACAAUAGUAAUAACUUGGAGUCGAAAUUAUAUGCCACUGACAAAGGAAAUUAUUUGCAUAUGUUAUGGCAGAUACCUCAAUACAUGUGUAUGAUUCUUGCGGAUGUAAUUUUUAUAGCUACGACGAUUGAAUUUACAUUUACUGAAGCUCCACCAAGAAUAAAAUCAUUUAUAUCAGCCUGUUACUUGUUUACUCAAUCGAUUGGAAAUCUAUUAGUUGUUGUUAUUUCAGCUUUGUCCUUUCAUAGACAAGUAGACGAGUAUUUAUUUUUCUCUGGUCUCAUGCUUGCAGAUACGUUAUUAUUGGUUUACUUGAGUAGUAACUACAACUACAAAGACUUUAAGCAACAAGUUAUCAACGAUAAUGAAAAUAAAACUAAGACAAAUGAAAUCCAACUAAAUUAAAAUUAAUCACUUACAAAAUUAUUUGAUUGUUAAAAGGCAUAAAGCAUACAGCAAAAAUAAAAUGAGUAUGCACUCAUUUUUACGCGUGGCUGUAUGAUUUUACAAUGUUUUAAACGAUGCGUACAAUAAUUGUACAGCUUAAUUAUUAAGCUAUUCAAUAUAUUUUAAUGGUUAUAUUUUUCAAAAAAAAUAUGUUAUUUUUAAAUAAUAUUUUACUCAGUUAUACAUUGCCCACACUAUUGAUUAUAGAAUCAAUGUCCACACUGUACCAAACGCAACACGACUUUUAUUUAUUAAUAUUAUUAACUUAAAUUAGAGAUUAUUUCAAUUUUUUCCGCAAUAAAAAUUAUUAUUUUU